GGUUUGUCCGAUGGGCAAUUUGCAGUCGGACCACGCUGGCCGAAAGGGCCAGGAGAAGAAGGAGACGAAGGACGAGAAGAAGCACGAGCGACUGCCGCCGACGAGGAUAGGGAAGAGGCCCAGACACGGCCCGGUGCCAUCCGCGAAGACGUCUUCGGUGACGCCGCACUCGAGAUGUCGGUUGAGAUUGCUGAAGUUGGAGAGGAUUAAGGAUUACCUGAUGAUGGAGGAGGAGUUCGUGCGCCGACAGGAGGAGUUUAGGCCGCAGGAGGAGAAGACGCAGGAGGAGCAGAGCAAGGUCGAGGAGCUGAGGGGGUCGCCGAUCGUGGUGGGGACGUUGGAGGAGAUUAUAGACGACGAGCACGCGAUUGUGUCGACGUCGAUGGGACCUGAAUAUUACGUACCGAUUAUGUCGUUUGUGGACAAGGACCAGAUUCAGCCGGGUUGUUCGGUGCUGCUGAGGGACAAGGUGAUGACGGUGGUCGGGUUGCUGCAGGACGAGACGGAUCCGAUGGUGUCGGUGAUGAAGGUGGAGAAGGCGCCGUUGGAGAGUUAUGCGGACAUAGGUGGAUUAGAGAAGCAGAUCCAGGAGAUUAAGGAGAGUGUCGAGUUGCCGUUGACGCAUCCUGAGUUGUAUGAGGACAUUGGCAUUCACCCGCCGAAGGGCGUAAUUUUGUAUGGUGUACCAGGAACGGGCAAGACGUUGUUGGCGAAGGCGGUGGCGAACCAGACGUCGGCGACUUUCUUGCGCGUGGUGGGUUCGGAGCUGAUUCAGAAGUACUUGGGAGACGGGCCCAAAUUGGUGAGGGAGGUCUUCCGAGCCGCGGAGGAGUUGGCGCCCUCGAUCGUGUUCAUAGACGAGAUUGACGCGGUCGGCACCAAAAGGUACGAGUCGACCUCUGGCGGAGAGCGGGAGAUCCAGAGGACCAUGCUCGAGCUCCUGAACCAGUUGGACGGGUUCGACACGAGGGGGGACGUCAAAAUCAUCAUGGCCACCAACCGCAUCGAAUCCCUCGAUCCCGCGCUCAUAAGACCGGGACGCAUCGACAGAAAAAUCGAAUUCCCGCUCCCGGAGAUCAAGACCAAGAGGAAGAUCUUCUCCAUUCACACCUCCAAAAUGAAACUUGCUCCCGACGUCAACCUCGAGGAGUUCGUCAUGACCAAAGACGACCUCUCCGGCGCCGAUAUCAAGGCCAUAUGCACCGAGGCGGGUCUCAUGGCACUCAGAGAACGCAGAAUGAUGGUCACGCACACCGAUUUCAGAAAGGCCAAAGAAAACGUCCUUUAUAAGAAAAACGAGGGCGUUCCUGAAGGUCUCUACCUAUAAAAAAUUAAUUCGUUUUCUAUUGCUCUGAUUUUCUGGGCCUGUCCCGCUAAUUCUAUGUACGCCUCCACCGCAUUCACAAAAUGCGUCCGAGCACUUUUCAGCAAGUUGCUCGACAAAAACCCAAAGUGUCCGAUCGGGUCGCUCUCUCGCUCGGCGAGUCGACCCUUCUUGAUCCUCCAACACGCGCUGGACGAGUCCAGCGCCAAAUAGAACAGAGGCGAGACCUUCGGCGCGCUCCCCGGUAUGAUCCCGUACCCCAGCUCAGCCUUGGUCAGCUUCAAGUAGCCCUUCGGCGACCCCCCAGUUACCACCAUACACAAGAAGGAAAAUAAAAAUAAAAAUAAAAAUAAAAAAAGAGGGAGAGAGAGCCUCCGCGCCAUACCUGCCUCAUGUGACCUUCCGCCUCGAGCGCGCGAUCUUUGUACUCCUCUAACGCGCCCACGUACUUUACCAGAGCCGCGUCCAGCUUCCUUCUCGACUCCUCACUCAUUCCGCCGACAAAACAAAACUGCAAAAAAAAAACACUAAAAAUCGCCUAAUACGCAAAUCCCACCAACCGAUCCGCCCCCGACAAACCUCAACCGACUC